AUUGUAAAUGGUUGCUUUUUCUCCCGCUCGUUCGAACCCCCUCCCUCUCGUCCCCUCUUUCCCCUCGACUUUUCCACCGAACUGCUGAGAAUUCCUCUUACGAACCUAGAUCACGUAGGAUUGCGUAGAGAGGACAAAGCUGUCUGAAUGUUUACUACCGGAGAAGAGGGGGUUCGUAUGGUAGUCUAGCUGUGAUAUGAUUUCAUAUCAGUCUGCGCAGUCGAAUAUUGUAUUGUAUUGUAUUGGGGUGCGUGCACGGUGCGGAAAGUGUCGUUAAUCCAGUAGAUUUUUUUUAGAUGGACCGGAAGGCAUUAAUGCAACAUGUUGAUUUGUAUGUCCUGUAAGUUUGGGGGACAUCACCCAGGAAUUAAUUAUUCUUUAGUUGCACGGACUCAACGCACGAAGCAGUCAAACAGCUGACAACGAUUCUCUCGGACACGCGGGAGUCAGUCUGCUGACAGUCGAGCCGAGCGUUCUCGCGCAUCGCAGGCAGUUUGAAGAGCCACUGACAGACAACUUGAAGAGUUGGUCAUCCCUGUAUGCCACACGCAUGGAGGGACCUGUCGCAGAGCCGAACACGUAAUGACUUCGGAAUACAUCCUAUGGACUAUUUGUGGAAACACAAACGGAAUUUGCGAAGCGUUUUGGAAUGAGAUCAUAAUUUGAAAUAGGUAGCAUUUUUUGUGUUAUAAGAAACAUUAUUGUAGAGCACUUAUGUGAAACAACAUCCUCUCAAUUAUAAACUGUUUCAGAUUAAUUUAGAUUACAUGAACUGGUACCUUAAAUCCCGGAGGCGCGUAGCUGCUCCCGUGAAGAAUCUAAUGCGACAGUAUAUAGUUCAUAAGAACUCCCAUAUCUUUAUCUUUUGGAUCAAUUCACCUGUGUCAGUCCUAUUGGUAACCGGCGCUUUCAGCAUACUGGAUAGUUCACGGGGAGAUGGCUGCGGCGAUAGCCAGCUCCCUGAUCCGACAGAAACGCCAAGCACGGGAGACUGAGCAAAACACGGGCGACCGCGUUGCUACUGCCAAGCGCCGGACCAGCCCUAGCAAAGACCCCCGUUCUCUUUGCCCGAGGAAUAUCUUCGGGGUUUUCAGCAAAGUUCGAUUUUGCAGUGGAAAGAAAAGACCAGUUCGGCGGAAACCAGAGCCACAGCUGAAAGGCAUUGUGACGCGACUGUUCAGCGAGCAGGGCUUCUACCUGCAGAUGCAGCCUGAUGGCACUAUCAAUGGGAGCAAAGACGAGAACAGUGACUACACCCUGUUUAACCUCAUCCCAGUGGGGCUGCGAGUGGUGGCCAUCCAGGCGGUGAAGACGGGACUCUACGUGGCCAUGAACGGAGAGGGCUUCCUCUACACCUCAGACAUGUUCACGCCCGAGUGUAAGUUUAAGGAGUCUGUGUUUGAGAACUACUACGUCAUCUACUCCUCCACGCUGUACCGGCAGCACGAGUCUGGCCGUGCCUGGUUCCUGGGCCUCAACAAGGAUGGCAUAAUCAUGAAGGGCAACCGCGUGAAGAAGACUAAACCCUGCUCACACUUUGUGCCCAGACCUAUUGAAGUUUGCAUGUACAAAGAGCCGUCGCUCCAUGAGAUCGAGGAGAAGCAACGCUCGCGGAAAAACUCAGGGACUCCCACUAUGAACGGCGGCGAGAAUGUGGCGAGCCAGGACACUACAGAGCAGGACGGGUCAUAGCCUGCACCGGGCACCACAGCACAGCACAGUGCAGCGCCCCCUGGAGGCCAACUCCAUUUCUUACACCUUGUGUUCAAGAGAAAACAAGCAAGUGAGCUAACAAACAAAAACAAAACAAAACAUCAAGAAGACAACAGCAGAAGAAAACAAACAAAGAAAAAAAAAUCCAAGCCUAAACAAGACAAGAAAAGAAAAAUCCCAAAAAGGAAAAGAAAAAAAGAAAAAGAAAAGAAGAACAAAAAAAUGGAAUUCUUGCCUGUGAAAUAUUUUAGACAAAAAAUGGGGGGAAAAUAUUUGGAAAUCAGGACAUGAAUUUACAUUUUAUGCAAAAAGCCUGCUGUCGGGCACUAGGAUGUCCAUCUCCUCCUUUUCCUCCUCUUCCUCCUCCCAUGAUGAUGUAAACAAUGUUUUUGAAUUUUAAGCUCUGAAAAAUAAGCUUUAAGCCAUGGUAGAAAACACACCUUGAUCCAUGAACGCAACGCCACUUUCACUGGCUUAUUUGUGUUGUUACUAUCAUUAUGAAGUAUACAGUCAUUGCUUAUGACCCUUUUUGUUGUUGUAUCACCUUUAUAUUAUUUAACUUUAUUAUUUGUUUUCUUUGGGUGGGGCAGAGGGUUUGAUAAAGAUCAUGCGUCAUUGGGAUUCUUCAUCCGUAUUGUGUUCGGGAGUGGGUGAGGGGGUUGGCGUUUGAUGAUGUAGAAUACUGAUCAUACUUUCUCAGUGCAUGUUAGGAACUGUCAGAAAGUUCUCAUGGUUUUCUUGACACAGCUGUCUGAUUGAUUGGAGGUUGUUGUCUGUGAUGUCCUGGGCCUUGUCAAGGCCAAAAGUGUGUGUCCCCCCUCCUUUUGGAAGUGCAUGGAAGACAGUGAACAACCUAGGAAUGGACUGCUGAAUGCUCUGAUAAACUCCCCCCGUCACACACGCCCCCCCCCCCCCCCACACACACACACACAAAUCCAUUGUCACUCCACACCUUGCAAUAUGUAGACGUUCAUAUAGCACUUAUCGUUGUGCAAUCUGGGAGUUUCUCUAGUUUCCUUUCCUGCCAAAAGCACAGACUGCCCUCUCCAAGCCCGCUGGCCCCGUCCCUCCCUCCCGAGUGGAGAGAGCACCAGUGGAACAUGACAUACAGCCCUGCGUCUCCCGUUUUAAUCUGCCAAUAAGUGAUUAAUGUUGAUGUUCAGGGUUCAGGGUUCAGGUAAAAAAAAGUUAAAGUCCCUCGCCAUAUUUCCCCCCCCCCCCUCCUCCCCGGCCGUAAAUCUGCUUGAAUAACUCCGGAUGCUUGUCACUGGAGAGGAGUUUUACUUUCUCAACCUGGACUGCAUCCUGGUGGAUUGAUAUUUAGCAUGAAUUGCUUUAGCCGCCCUUACUAAUUAUGCUACUCUGUGGACCCUAUGGAACUCUUUCUUCGAGUUGUCUGUUAAUGAUGCUAAUCUGUUGUUAGCGCCAGCAGGCUGCAGAUUAGUGGGGAGGUGAGGAGUGCAGGGGGGUCUUGACUGCUGCACGGCAGAUGAUGGCUAACCUGUGAUCGUCCAAGAUAGAGAGCCGCGGUGAGGCUGGGCGCCAUGGAGGUGAAUAUGCACUGCCCUUUACUCAUGUAGACUUCUCGUCUCCCACCCUCCACGCCUGCCACGACGUCAUCAUUCAUCGCCUGUCACGAGCACUGCGGGACAUUUUCAGGCAUCCUCGAACACACACACACACACACUCCAUCCACACACGUGCACGCAUACGCACAGUCAGUGUUUCACUUUAAUUUAGUCUAUCCAGGAAGUAUCGAACCACAGGAAGUCAUGGAGGCUGUCUCCGAUUGGCUGCCAAGGCCCAAGUUUUCCUCAAGCGUUUCGACUCAGAGGUGAAGCAGAGGAAGCCAGUCUCCAAUCACAAGACUUGUCACGCCUCUGAAAUGUCUUCCAAACAAAAAAUGGGGGAAAUGGCACCAGCAUCAUGCACGUGUCCGUCUGCAGGGUUGGGAAACAGAGGAGGUUCUUGCAGGACUUCUGUGUGUGUGCUUUGUCAUUGGCCACAGCUAUGGAACAGGACACUCCCUAUCUCAGCAUCCCCCCUGUCACUGGAGGGUGUCAUGUUGUGGAGUUUGAUAUUGGUGCCAUGUUUGACAUGGUCUCUUCGGCUGACCUGGACAAUUUUUCGUUUCAUUUUGAUUUAGUGUUUGCUAGCAUAUGCACCUUUAUUAUUAAGUCACAUUCAUAUGCAUUAUAAACUAGGGGAAACAUCAAUAUAAGCAGCAGGAUGAAAAAAAGAUAAUAAAAAAAAAUAAAAAAUACGAAACCAA